ACUGCUUCGGCAUGAACUUCGAGGAGGUCCUGCAGGAGGUAGGGGGCUUCUCCCGGUUCCAGUUCCUGGUGCUGCACCUGAUCUCCUUCUCCCGGCUGGUCAUUCCCUUGCACUUCCUGCUGCACAACUUCAUCUCGGCCGUGCCCCCCCACCGCUGUGCGCUGCCCCACCUGGAGAACUAUGGUGCCCAGGCCGACGAAGAAACUCUCGAGCUCAGCAUCCCCCGGAACCCCAGCGGAGCCCUGAGCUCCUGCACAGCCUUCUUCGCUCCCUACGGGAAUGUGUCCAACUCAUCUGCGGUCGCGCUCCCCUGCCAAAAUGGCUGGGUGUACGAACGCUCGAAGUUCCUCUCCACCACCGUCACAGAGUGGGAUUUGGUGUGUGACAACAUGAAGUUCAACCAGUCUCUGGCCACAUUCUUCUUCGUUGGGGUCACUCUUGGUGGAGUGCUCUUUGGAAAUUUGUCAGAUAAGUUUGGCCGCAAGCCCAUGCUCUUGGUGUCAUUUGUGUUGGGCGGCAUCAUGGGCACUCUAGCAGCCUUCUCUGUCUCCUACACGAUGUUUGCUGUGACCCGGACACUGUGUGGGGUGGCCUUGACUGGGAUCACCAUCACAACUAUCUCCCUGAGCAUAGAGUGGGCAGACAUAAAACACCGCACCUUCACUGGGAUCAUCGUCAGCUUGGUGUGGAGUGUUGGCAACAUGCUGCUCGCCCUGCUGGCCUAUUUUAUCAGGGACUGGAGGCAUCUAAUGCUAGUGGUCACGUCACCAUUUCUCCCCGCUCUCAUCAUCUGGUGGUGGAUCCCUGAGUCUGCGAGGUGGCUGCUUGUCAACGGGAAGGUGGAAGCUGCCCAGAAGUUUCUGUCGCAGUGCGCCAAGAUGAAUGGGAAGUUUAAUCAGACCACAGUGUUGGAAACAGAGACUCUGAAGAAGAUUGCUGCAGCUGGGGCUUCCAGUACCAGCCACUGCACCUACCUUGAUCUGGUGAAGACGACCAAGCUGAGAAAAAUCACAGCCUGCUGUGGGAUCUUCUGGUUUGCAGUGGCCUUCACCUAUUAUGGGAUCAGCUUCAAAAUCACAGGUUUUGGUUUGAACAUGUACCUCACACAUUUCACCUAUGCUGCCAUUGAGGUGCCAGCCAAGGUCCUGACGUACUUCACCCUGGAUCGAGUUGGCCGACGGAACGUUCAGGCCUGGUCGCUCAUUAUCACUGGGAUCUUCAUUGGGAUUAACACAGUAAUUCCUACAGACUAUGGUCUGGUUCGGACCUUGGUGGCAGUGACUGGCAAGGGCUUCUCUGAGUCUGCCUUCACCACGGCUUUCCUCUACACGACUGAGCUCUUCCCGACCGUGCUUCGGCAGUGUGGUCUGGGCUAUACCUCCUUUGUGGGCCGUAUUGGCAGCUCCUUGGCUCCUCUGAUCAUGCUGCUGGAAGAUGUCUGGGAAUUCACCCCUCCGCUAAUUUUUGCCACUGUUGCCAUUUUGGGAGGCUGUGUGGUAUUCCUUCUAUCUGAAACAUUGAACACCCGCUUACCUGAGAGCAUCCAGGACGUUGAGGAAGAGAGGAACAAGAGAACCCCUGAGAACCAGCUGGAGAACAUUGAAAUGAAUUAGCAAACCUCUGGCUUCCACUGGAGAUGAAAGCUCAUGACAUGUCGCUCCUGGACCCGAAAUGCUACAGUGCUCUUAGGAAUUGAGACGGAGUAGUUCUAUGCAGGUUUCUUCAAACAUUAUCCACAAGGCCAAGAGAAUGCACAAGUCCACAAGUUCCA